CUGCUGUCAUUUUAUGCUCGAAUCUGCCGACAAUCUGCUAGAAGAUUGUAGACAUUUUGCUAUCUGGAUUAGAUGCUUUGAUAAACAAUGGGGAUAUUGGACCAAUAUUUGUGCUAAUAAUCGUGAUACUAAGGUUUAUAUUUCCUGAAUAAGAUGGUAAUUAAGAUUAAGCAAUUAGCUGACGAAUAUAUAGGUAAUAUAUACGAAGUAUUCUGUAAACGUCUUAUAUAUGGGAAACGCUUAUGCGGCAUUCUUGUAAGAAUAUUCGCACACUGCUGACGUUUAUGGAAGACAAUGUGGCCCUCUCAUGCUUGUUGCGGUUUAUCGUGGUCACGAUUAAACUCGAAAGCGCUCGCAAGAGAGAAUGUUCUAUCCUGUGAUGGGAAACCCGUGAAAACCGCGGUCGAUCUACUUUAAUCACCCUUUACGACGCGAUAUAAAUAGCUUUCCAGUUAUUUAUCACCUACUCUCCAUAAAAAUCUUUUCCUACAGCCAGCAACGAGGAUACGACUAAAGUUUCUGUCUUCGAAAUCAAUUCAUUAUUUUAGAGAAAUAAUUAUUUCCGAAUUAAUAAUAGUGCUUUACGAUAGCAAGUCUACAGGGAUAAAAAGAUGGAUAACGUGACCCUCGAAGAUGCGAUAUACAUCAUCGAUAAUAUGACGGAAUAUGGAUCAGUCAUUUUAUAAGUGUCAGACUUACAAUUCCCUCGCGGAAAAAUAUAUCCUUUGGUAUAAGCUCCGGUCAAAUAGACGUAAAGCAAUCGAUGGCGAAGAAAUAACGAUGAAGAACGAUAUUCUGGACUUCUCGGCGCGUUUUCGAGAUCAUUAAUUCGCUCGCCAUGGACAUUAAUCAUCGGGACGAUCGGAAUCGACGGCCGAGUGUCGCGUCGUGCGAAAGGAUAAUUCUUUAUGUGGAUGAUUUCGCGGCAGCAACUGGCCAGGAUUUAUCAUCAGGAUUCUAUAACCGUGCUAAAGAUGUUUACGCAUUGUCCGGCGAACCGAAUGGUACCCGAAUAGGUCAUCGUUCCAGUCUACAUCCAUCCACUUCAGACAGUCUGGGCUUCCAGCUGGACGAUCGUUCCGGUCUUUAUCUUUCCGACUUCGGCGACAGAUCGCCUUCUCCUAAUCUAUACUCUCAAACGAACAGUCCGAGACGCUCUAGAUGCAACUUAGACAUCGAUCAGCGGUCCAGCAGACGUUUUAGCUCGUCGACGAGUCGCUCGAAGACGAACAGCUGUAGCAGACAGCUGCAACCGACUCCUUUAGGGGAUGAUAGAAGAGCUAGCGUUAGCAAGAAAACCAGGCCACGAAGGGCAAGUACUGCAGCUUCUCGAAAGGAGUCUAUUCGCCAGACAAAGGGGGAUAUUAAGCAGACGCAGAAGAUGAUAGAGGACACUCAAGAACUCGAGCAAGCGCGACGUCAUCGACGAAUCGCCAUGAUCGUUUUGGGGACCUUUAUCUUCCUUCUGGUAGCUUCGGUGCUUGCGGUGGUGAUCACCUUGACGCACAACAGCUUUCUGAAUCCUGCAUCCAAUUCAAAGGAACUGGCCGAGCAUAAUUUACGAAAGGAGAACGAGGAACUGCUGAACUCCCUAAACAGAGAUAUUUCCGUGCCUGAGAACGUUACGGCGCCUCCCUAAGAUGAGGCAAUCUUUCGGACGGAAAUGCAUCGUCUGUCGAUCUCGAUUCGCUUUAGCCACGUGAACAAAGUUCUUGACUCGCGAGAAGCACGACGACAUUUCACGGCAACGAACAACGUCAUUCAGGAAUCUACGUCGCCAACGAGUUUUAAGGAGACGUUCAGGCAAUUCAGAGGAGAAAUUUCGAGACGGUGAGAAAGAACGAGCCUUUGAUCAGCAGUAAUGCUGAUUAGUUCGCAGUAUUUUAACGUGACGCUCCAGAGAUGCGUCCCUUUAUACGGCGUACAUGUAUGUAUCACAAAAACGUUAUUGCGAUGAGCUCGUGAAAGUCUGAUCGCGGCAUACCAUAUUGCGCUGUUGAUUGUAUUAUCGCCGCGUUCGGAAACGUCACGUUGGUACAUAUAUCUCGUAUCGAUGCAGACUAGGUGCCCUCAAUUUCGAGCUUCGCCAAUAAAGCUUCAUUCCGAUUAGAAACGCAAAACUAGAAUACAAUUUGAAGUACUAGUAAAUUGGGUCAUAAACUAUUGAAAUUGGCAGUACUUAAUAGUACUUAAUAGUACUUAAUAGUAAAAUUUGUUUAUAAUAUACUAAUGAUAGAUUAUAAAAUAUUAACUCUUAAU